AGCCAUGAACCCGAUGAACCGAAGGCACCAAGUGCGUGUCAAGCCAUGGAUGGUGCUGGUUGGUGACUUCAGUCUGAUGAAGUUGAUGGGAGCGUUUGUGCCACCACCACAGGUGGUUCCAGUGAGAUGCCCACCACGCCUUGGGGCAUGCAGCGUUGGGCAUGUGGUUGGCUCAUGCAUCAUGGCAGCCCCAGCCUAUGCCUCUGACACGUCGGGGCUGGAUUUUCAACAAUUCGUUGAAGAGUUUGCGGGAAAGAAGGACUUCUUCGCCGCCUUGGCCAGCGCCACUCUUUCAGUGGCGGGGACUGCAGUUGCAGUGGCUCAAUUGGAUCAAGCAAAGCGCUCGGCGGACGAGGCAUUCAAAGCCUCUCCAGAAGGCAAAAUCCAAGAAGCGCUGGCAAAGGCCAUGGAGCUUUUUGAACCCAGCAGGCUGCAAGACGAGGUCAUCCAAAGGCCAGUGAUGGAAACUAUCCGGAAACGCAUUGAGAGCUGGCAACAACAUGCGACCAUCAUUGGGGGUCGCUAUCAGUCCGGCAAGUCGGUGGCAACAGAAGAAGCCUUGCGCGGGGUGCGAGGUGUUGUUCGAUUCACCAUCAGAAGUGCCGAUUGGGCAGAUCGGAUGUGCAAGCAACUGGGAGUAGAUGACGAAGGGCUGUUCAAAGAGGUCAUGCGGCGAGUGCGCGAGAAGCUCAAGGACUUCCCCAACAACCUCACCAAGUUUCCAAUCCUUCUUCUUGAAGUCCCUCGUACAACCACCGAAGGCAUCAACUUAAUCUCUUCUACUGCGAAGGAUGUGGCGACGGACAAAAUCGGAAGUGCCAUUCAUGUGAUUGUAUCAGCCUCCUCGGCGGCAGUGGCGCUGGCUUUCGAUGCUGGUGGAACUGAAAGACAGGAAGACAUUUGGGUUGCUGACUUGACGGAGGAGGAAGCGAAGGAGUUUUUGGCACUGCAUGGGCAUGAGAACAAGUGGGAAGACUUCGUGGAUGCUUGUGGCUUCCGGAUUGGCGACUUGGCGAAGGCCUGUGAGAAUCUGAAGAAAGGAAUGUCAUUGGACGACACGAAGCAAGAAUGUCAGCGAGUUGCGAUGAUGAAGUGCGAGGCUUCAUGGAGCUUCAAGUGCACCCCAAGGUCACGGGGCGCGAGAUGGUGAAAGAGCUCCUGACGGCUUAUCCGGCAGGUAUUUUGAAUGUUGUAAAUGGCAUCCGCAUCCUUCCAAGGGAGGUUGCCGAACUAAUUCGCAACAAGAGUUGUCCUGCUGUGUAUUUUCACCCUAUCAAGAAGCGCUUCUUUUUUGCUUCCACAUUGCAUAAGAAAGCCGCUGAAGCGCAACUGGCAAAUCCAUGACCGAUCUUUUGCGAAAAUGGUCGGAAGACUUCAGCAUUGUCCACGAAGCAGAUCCUGAAGCUUCGCGCGCAAUGAAACCCGACAUGGACCUUGGAGUCUUUGCAGCUUGGCUGCUGUUUUUUUUGGCCAGGUGAGUCGUGACAUGAGGUUCGCGAGGAUCAUGACUUCUGAAAGACCAGAAAGAGCCUCAACCCCCAGUUCAAUACUAUACCCCGCCCCAUCUCCCACAGCAACAUGUACACCAAACA